UCUUUCCGUCAUUUCAUUCCUAUGCUAAUAAGCACUCCUAGAACCGUCCAAAUGUGUAGGGAUGGUCGGAACUAACCGCCAUUCACCGCAGGGUCUUGAAUUAGGCUAUAUAGUAAACCCUAACUACUGGAGUAAUGGAUACGCUACAUGGGGUUUAACGGAGUUUUUGAGGAUAUUUUGGCGGAUGGAACGUAUGUUUUUCGGUUCUUCCUCUUGACCUUUGGUUACCAUCCCUUUCCAUUGCGGGGAUAACAUUCAAAUCUAAAGAAAAUACCACUAAGGCGAGACAGAAGACAAAUACAAGAGCAAAAGAUGAGGAGGAUAAACUAAUGCAAUCCUCAAAAUAGAAAAAUCUCACAUUCCCCACCUCGUCGCGAAAGUUGAUCCGAGGAAUAAAGCAAGCGAGAGAAUAGCAAUGAAAAGCGGGAGCAAGAAAAGGAGAACUUCUUGAAAAGGUAAGUUUAGGGGAUUGCUAUAUCAUAGAUUUGGUGAAAACUAAUGAGUUUGCAAUAUUUGUAGUAUUAUUCAAGAAGAAUAGACGAAAGAAAAAAGAGUGAUGCAUAUUGCUGGUAUUUUGAUAGACCUAGAUCUAGUAGUGAUGAGACAGGGAGUAUGGUGAAGGACGGAAAACAGGAAUUCAGCCACGCAUAAGAUGGCAGAAUCCUCGAU